CUCCCUCUCUCUCUGCACUUUUCCCCUGGUCCUACAGUCACGACAGCAGACUAACUGGCCAGAAAAAAAUAUCUAGCAAUCCAUCUUUAUCACUCCUUUCCACAUUAUAUUUUGUGUCGUUGAUCAGACGGCUAACAGUUGCACCAUACGCGUCAGCAUAUUAUGUAAGAUGAAGAUUAUUUUCAGCAAAAAAAGGAUCGUCUUCCUAUGAACAUGAUAAAAAAGAAAAGCUACAGGUCUUUGUUACACUUUCUCUGGUAGGAUUAGCUUAAUAAUUGACGUCAUUUAAUCGAAUUCUGAAUACAUAUUUCUCUGAAAAUGUAAUAGCUUGUGUUUGUUUUAAAAUCGUGUAUGAUAAUUUAAAGUUUGUAAUCCGAGAUCCUUCAUAAUUUAUGCCUUGAGUUAAGUAAUCAACACAAAUUCUGCCUGCCAUUAAGUUGUUUAUGUUUUAAAAGUAAUAAUGACUAUAAUCAUGAUAAUACUAGUUGUUAGAGACCUUUUACAGCCUGCCCCCUGCUGCCACUUAUGGCUCUUCAGAAGUCAUUCGAUGGGAUCUCAUUCAAUAGACAGUAUACCGACACACUUCUUUUGUUAGUAAAGUUUGGCACAAACUUCGAUUAUUGUUGUUCAACAAACCUGAGUCAAUGUUUUUGUGGUGUAUUCUUUCAUCCCCAGCGCCGAUCAAUACCCAUUUUCUUUAGAGACGUGGAGUAACGAGGUUGUGGCUUUCAGGUUAACCUUUUGUACAGUAGGGGUCCCAGACGCCCGUUGCUAAGGGACGCCGAAACUGACUUUACGCUCGAAAUCCGAUACCAUAUUCAUGCGAGAACAUUGAAUGCACAGAGAAGAGGACUAUUGACUGACAACGCAAGCAUAACUAUCUUACUACAUAUGCGCUAAGAAGUAAACAAAAUAUUGAAUGUUGACUCUACAAGAGGGUUUGAAGAGAUAUACCUAUGAUUUCUACUCAUUCUAACCGUGCAUCGACAUGGGAAUCUUCUGGUGCUAUGGAUAGACUUUUGGUUCACACCGUUCCAUCGAGUCUACCAGAGAUAUGGAGUCCGGGUGGAACAGGUAUUCACCGGGCCAUCUUGGGUGGCAGGCUCCACCAAGUUAGGUUGCUCAUCUCUAUGAAAGCUCACGUGGAUAAACGGGAUUCUGCUGGUUAUACCCCUCUCAUGGUGGCGGCGAUGCUAUCACCAGAUGAUCAUGGUGUGAAGUGUAUCAAAGUUUUGCUGAAGGCAGGAGCGGAAUUGAACAUGUUGGAUUUCAUGGGACGGUCUGCGCUGGGUCUAGCUUGCCUUCAUGGUAGGGAGAAGGCAGUGGAAGUCUUUCUCUUAGAGGAUAAACUCGAGAAAAACAUGCCAGAUAAAAAUGGUGAUACCCCGUUAAACCUUGCCGCAUCCCAAGGGUUCACCAAGAUUGUCAAGAUGCUCGUGUCAUCGUUCAAGAAAGAUGGCAUCUCAGUUGACAAAAGAAAUAAACAAGGAUGCACUGCUCUUCUCUUAGCUACUAAACUUGGCCACUAUGAUUGUGCCAGGAUCUUGCUCGAGGAAGGAAAAGCAUCGGUGAGUUCAAGGGACAACGAUUACUUUAUGAACUCUACAGAAUGGGCUAAAUUUAGCAAGCAGAAGCUGGUGGAUGAAAUAAAGACCAGGUCGUCCAUGUUUGUAAAUGAUCCGCGGAUGAAGUCUGCUGAUCCGCGCUCCGAGUCGGUUCCGCCGCCGGCGACGUCGUCAUCAUGCCGAACGGUUCGACGGUUUAUCCCACCGUUUCACAGCUUUAACAAAGAGAUACAAAUGAUUGGACAGUUACGUCGGCAACAGGAGCAGCUUACACAACUCAUCUUCGCUUUUCAGGAACGUGAUAAGGAUCGUAAUAGCGAAUCUGGUAGCCGCUGUGGUAAACGUAGAAAAGAUAGCCGUGUUUCAAGCGCCGCUUCAGCAGCGACUGACCGCCUUGAUCCUCGUAACGUCCAAGAACGGGAUUGCCCCAACACUCCCCUUGAUCUUGGGAUUUUAUUUAGACUUUACACUGAACAGCAGAAAAGUAGACCGUCUCAAGCUGCUAACCGACAUCUUCUUUUCGGGUCGGUUCCAUCGAUGUUAGAACCGUCGGAUGCACCUGCAAAUGUAACUGGUAGACCAGUUCCAGUACGACGUCAUAAUACAGCGGGUGUUGGGGCGAACAACGCGAACUCAUCAAACAUGAAACGGAGACCUACGAUCACCAGCGUAUCAUAAAAAAUUAACUUCAAUCGUUUUUGUUCAAAUUAUUUGAGACAGAGAGGUUAUGGUGAAAAUAUGAAAUGCAGCAUCGUUUAUAUUUACUUUACGGUGCUCAUACGAUCCAAAUAUUCUAUUACUUUUGCAUCUAAAUCAUGCAGUGUGUAAAACGAACAUCGUGUACUCAAAUUAUUCCAUAGCUUGCUUUAUUUUAUCCAUGAAAAAUGUGAUGGUUUGGGAUGUGCUGGUGGCAUUAAUUCCAAAGAUAAUUAGUUAUGACAAUGAAAAUGCGUUUCCUCUAAUAUAAUAUUUGCUUUAUUGUUCUCGAAUGGAGAUUGAACCAAAUUGCCUAACCUGAUGAAAUGUAACCAUCAGUUUUGAUUUAUUUGAUAUUCAUAUUCGAUGGGAUAUAGAGGGUGCAUAUUAUGGGCUGCGAUUUGUUAUUUAUAAUUCCAAUUUUCAAAUUACCCAGUCUCAGCUGGAAUUUCUCUAGAAAGGGCAAAGAAGUCCCUAAAUUAUGGCAAUAUCUCUCGAAUUUGAUUACGUCACAUGUUGCCAGCUCCUAAUACCAAGCAAUAUAAAAUCCGUUGGGUUUCCUUUUCUAAAGAAAUUGAAAACAAAAAGACUCUGCGUUUAUCAGACACAUUAUUUCAUCACUUUUCUAUAAAAGUAAUGUGUACAUUCGAUACUUAACUAUUAAAGAAAACUACAUAUGGAACUGUUUUAUUAUUGAUAUUAUUAUUAUUUGUAGUAGUAGUAGUAGUAGUAGUAGUAGUGGUGGUGGUGGUAGUAGAAGUAGACAUAGUAGUAUUAUAUCAUCAUCAUCAUUACUAUUAUCAUAAUUAUUAUCAUUAUUAUUAUUAUUUAGAGAGAAUUAUGAAUAUUAGGGCGUCUGACAAGCCAUACAUUGUACAUGUAGUUGGCUUUAUAUUAUCAUAUGGUUCGAAUUCUAGAUAGCAACAAAAUGAGAUACAUGUAACCCCCCCCCAAAAAAAAAAAAAAUACUAAUAAUAACAUAAAUACUAAUACUACUACUAAUAAUAAUAACAACAAUGAUAAUAAUAAUAAUAAUAAACUUAUCCUUCAACCAGAUGUUAACUGAUUUGAUUUAUCCAUUUGAUUAAAUCUAUUUUAGCAUGUUCAGUAAUAAUAUGCUGAGUGACAUGCAUUAAACGUUGACCUGAUUUUAUCCUUAGAAAAUCUUACUAUGCUCAACGUACUUAACGUUGUUUGCCUUUUUAAUAUAUUUCAUUGAAAAUAAUAAUUACAUUCGUCACAUCCGUAACGAUAAUACUUAAAUGACCCCAUAUUUUAUCCUUGUUCUCACCGUUCAUUCUGGUCUUGUAGUUUUUGUAGUGAAACAAUGUUGAUAUUUCGAAGAAAGCUCACUUAUUUAAUUGUUAUUUUAUUGAUUAACGCAAUUGUUAUUUUAGUGCAAUAAUUUUACUGUGCGUGCAUAACAUUGGGCAUAUAAAGAAAGUGCAGAGUUGUACAUACUUACGCUGAUUUGUAUUUUGAAUGAGGAAAUAUUUAUUGUAUGUUUACAUGUACACGCACAUGUUGCCCAUCAUUUUACUUCCAAGGUAUUGAAUUGUUUAAAAUGAAUCAAGAAUACCCAAAACUGUGCACAUUUCGCUUGUAUUCUUAAUAGAAUUGUAAUCGAUGAAAAUGAGACAGAAUCAAAAUACAAACUUUAAAUGUAAAUUACAGUUGUAAACUGUAAAAUAAAAAUUUGCACCACUUUUGUCAUAAAUCGAUCAAUAUCUAACAUAACUCACUUAUCAUAUUAUGAACAAUUUUGUUUUUUCUGUAAUAUUUGCAUAUCUUUGUUAUAUUUCUAUGAUGAUAUUGUACGCAAUUAUGAUUAAUUACAUUUCAAACCCUCAUAAGUCCAGUUCUCUUUCCAACUAUUUCGAGAUACCUCUUUAUAAUGAAGCAAACAAUUUAUGAUAUACUCGAAAUAUGUUAGUUAAAUUGUUCUUAUUUCAUACAUUACACUAAAAUUGCAAUGCUAUACAUUGUAAAAUAACAAUACGCAAAUAACGAUUGAUGCAAACCAUAUGUAGUAUUUUGUGUUACUAGUUUUCGCUUUUAUUUUUUUUACGCAACGCAAUUUAAAUAAUCAUCACUCAAUACAUUUUGUUGUCGAAAAUGAAGUGAAUUUCUGAGUGUUAUUUGAAAGGUUAUACACCGUGUGAUAAAAGACAGUGUGUUGGGAAUGAAAGUUUGAUUAUAUUGCUACAAAAUUUGAUAUCAUGAUGAUUUUUUUGUGGUGGUACAUGUAUGCUUUUUAAAGAGACUGACGUGGACUUUUUUGGGCAGUAAUGUUGUGAAGUACAUAGGGAAUUAAAUUUCAUUUUUUUAAAACAAUGGA